AGGGCUGCAUCCCACGUCUCUUAAAACACAUCCACGCUUCCUUCACUUGUGUCUUUACCUUGAGUCAUAACCAUGGGGCAGACUGGUGGGCGGAGUCAUACAACCAUGAGAGACUGGUGGGCGGAGUCAUACAAUCACAGGGUGGACUGGUGGGCGGAGUCAUACAACCACAGGGUGGACUGGUGGGCGGAUUCAUACAACCAUGGGGCAGACUGGUGGGCGGAGUCAUACAACCACAGGGUGGACUGGUGGGCGGAGUCAUACAACCAUGGGGGCAGACUGGUGGGCGGAGUCAUACAACCAUGGGGCAGACUGGUGGGCGGAGUCAUACAACCACAGGAUGGACUGGUGGGCGGAGUCAUACAACCACAGGAUGGACUGGUGGGCGGAGUCAUACAACCAUGGGGGCAGACUGGUGGGCGGAGUCAUACAGCUGCAGGGUGGUACAGGAUCCCCACCCAUGACCCCUCCCUCCUCCAGUCCUCUGGCACCACCCCCGAGUGGUGUGGCCCCGCCCCCUCUACGCCCAGCUCGUCCUCCUCUUGGCUGUGUGGUCACGCCUCCUCCCCCUAUGGGACCAAUGAGAAGUCAGAAAGAGGCCGACAGCAGCCAAUCAGAGAGCGAGCCUGAUGUAGAGGGCGUGGUGUUGGUGUUGACCCGAGCACUGGCUGCCUGCAGACACACGGUUAAAGACCAGGUGUGUAACGAUGUGGCAAAGAGGCUCCGCCUCCUGGAGGACAGCUGGAGGUCAGGUAGACUCAGCCAGCCUGUGAGGAGACGCAUGCACACCCUGUCUCUGGAGCUACAGUCGGGUCACUGGGACUCAGCUGAUGAGAUCCAUCGCUCUCUGAUGGUCGAUCAUGUGACUGAAGUCAGUCAGUGGAUGGUCGGAGUAAAAAGACUUAUCGCUGAGACCCGGAAACUGAGUCCAGAACUCUUAGAACCACUUCAGAAAGGACCAGUCCAGGACCCUGCAGAACUAGUCCAGGAUCCAGUAGUACCAGUCCAGGACCCUGCAGAACUAGUCCAGGAUCCAGUAGUACCAGUCCAGGACCCUGCAGAACCAGUCCAGGAUCCAGUAGUACCAGUCCAGGACCCUGCAGAACCAGUCCAGGACCCUGCAGAACCAGUCCAGGACCCUGCAGAACCAGUCCAGGACCGUUAAUCCUGCAGAAAUCAGCAGGUUUCUUUCUACAUUCAGCAAACUUUGACUCUUUAAACCAAAACCAGGACCUGGUGAUAAUCCUCACAUUCAUCCUUACACCUCAGCAGAGGGUCAAAGGUCAGACCUACAGGAAGAAGUAGGGGGUCAGUGGUUUCCUGAAAGACACCAUGUGGAUACAGCUCUGGCCUAGACUGUAUUUUAUGUCUGGACUCUGGACUCUGUAGACCAGGUGUUUUCGCACUGUGAGGCUCCUCUCCAGCAGGAUGAGGGAGAUUUAAAAAACCCUCUCGAGACUCUGGUUUCUAGACUCUGGGUCCUAUACUGUAGAUUGUGGACUGUAUACUCAUGACUCUGGACUUUGGACUCUGAACUCAGGACUCUAAUUUCUGGACCCCAUACUCGAGACUCUCGACUCUCGACUCUGUACUUGAGACUCGGGACUCUGGACUCUGACCUGGACCCCAUACUCAAGACCAUGGACUCCAGACCCUAUAUUUGAGACUCUGGACUCUGGCUGACCCUUCAAUCACCUUGAACACCCAUUUAUUCUCUCAGCAGAAUUGUUGUAACCCCCCCAGAUCAGUCCUAGUAACCUAGCAUGACCCCCGUAUGUCUGUCCUCUUUGUGGACUCUCCACCUGUCAGCGAUCUGAAGUCAUGUGACAUAUCAACCAAUCACAGCAGAGCUCUAUGCAUCAACAGCAAACCUCAGUUUAAAGGCUGCGACUGUGACGACGUGGAUCCUGACCUUUACUCUCUGUUAUCAUGACGGAUCUGACACGAAUAAAUCUGUUUUCCUUUCUUUCUACAGAA